CCGAAGCUCCAAUAAGCUUUAAAGCCAUGUCUUUCCUCACUUCCUCUCAACGCAUUGGGUUUGGUUUGGCACUCUCCAGUUAGCAGGCGGCCAUCUUGGAUAUAGCAAUCAAGCAAACUACCCUUACUUUUGGGAUGGGGAGGACUUUAACCGAACUUGGGUCUUUCGGGGUACCAGCACCAUCGGAAAGCGGGGCAGCGCGCGUCGGAAGCUGAAAAUCAAUAGUAACCCAAGCCGCCAAAACUGGCUGCAAAUUCUGAGACCGGUUUUACGUUAACUCCCCUUCCCCUCCCCUUUUUCCUUGACUAGACAUUCUGUGCAUUUGUAGAGAGCCCGUGAACUAUUGGAAUACAGUUUAUUGAGUUUUAGUUCCCUAAAAACGUAUUGGAACAUUUUGGAGCUCGGGGUUAUGGUUUGUUGUUGGACAACCUUUUGUGGGUUGUUGUUUUUCGCAAUCUGUCCCACCUCUGUACAGUAAUGCGGUUCGACAAUUUACCUAAUUAAUCUGUGGUCUAGACAUCUUCCAGCGUGUGUUUGCUGGAAUUUCGGCGUUGCGUUAAAUCCAUGUUCUUCAAUAGRAUUUGUAGACCUGCUUUCCUCCUGUUGGGCUAAGGUGCAACAAAAUAAAAAAGGAGACCCAGAACGCCGAACAAGACAUUAAAAUGUCAACCAGAACGCCACUACCUACUGUCAAUGAGCGUGAUACUGAAAAUCACACCUCGCACACCGAUGGGCGCAACGAGGUCACCACGCGGCCCGUCCGCUCAGGCGCRCGCUGCCGGAACUCCAUUGCCUCAUGCGCCGACGAGCAGCCGCACAUCGGCAACUACCGGCUGCUCAAGACCAUCGGAAAGGGCAACUUCGCCAAGGUCAAGCUGGCGCGCCACAUCCUCACGGGCCGAGAGGUUGCCAUCAAAAUCAUUGACAAGACACAGCUGAAUCCUACCAGUCUUCAAAAGCUCUUCAGGGAAGUCCGAAUAAUGAAGAUUCUAAACCAUCCAAACAUUGGUAAGUGAUUCGUAC